AUGGCCCUGCGAGGGAUCAAUGCCGCUAUUAAUGAUCCCAGCCAGGCGAGUACUGAAACGACACUCGCCGCUAUACUAUGUCUCUCAUUGUAUGAGAUCAUUGCCUUUGAAAGACCCAAAUCAAUCGAGUCCUGGUUGACGCAUACACAUGGUGCUGCUGUGUUACUUGAACUCCGUGAUGGAGAGCAGCUUCAAUAUGAAGGUGGGUUUGAUAUGUUCAGUGCACUCAGGAAUACAGCGGCUGAUAUCAAGGACGGUGCUCUUCGAGAUGAUACCAUGGUAUUAUCAAUGGCCAUGGAAAUUGACACAAAACUGGAAGAGUUUUCCCGAGAACUUUUCGCCAACUUUCCCUUCAUAAUUGGAACAUGGAAUGGAAAGAAUUCAUCUGUCAAUGAGAGCCGACACAUCUCUCACUACGACGGGAAUUUCCACAUCUAUACAUCUGUCGAAGCAUGUGAUAUCUGGAACAGCUAUCGCAGCACUCGCAUUCUGGUCAGCAGUCUCCUACUGUCCCACCUGAAACCAUCUAUGCGCUGCACGGCCACUCCCACCGAAAGCCACCCAGACCAGUACUUCAAUAUCUACUAUCUAACCAAACAAUUGGCAAUUGACAUCUGCCAAUCCGUCCCAUUCAAACUCGGUCUCACAGAACACGGAAAGAAAAACAACCAAGCCAUUGAAGCAGUCCAGACCGGUGCCGGCCUCACCUUACUAUACCCUCUCUACCUAGCUGCAGUGGUAGGUGGAUACCCAAGCCCAGUGUGUGUCUGGGUGAUGAGUUGUCUGAAUAUCCUGGGGCGCUAUCUGGGAAUUGGAGCAGCGUUGUUUCUUGUGGGUUUGUUACCUAAACGGAAAGGUUUGGUGCAUUAG